AUGGCGCCCAAGAAGAUAGCUUCCUACGGGGACUGGGAGUCGCCCAUUUCGGUGGAUUCUAUCGUAUCCAAGACAAGGUCACUCUCUGCACCACGAGUUAAUCUCGAAUCGGGAAGGGCCUUCUACACUGAAAGUCGUGAAGACGGGAGCACAACGAUUGUAGAGAUCCUCAAGGAUGGAAGAAGAGAUGUCCUUCCGGCAAAGUACAACGCCAAGAAUUCCGUUUAUGAGUAUGGCGGCUCACCCUAUGCCAUUCUACCGGAUGAUCGCAUCAUCUUUUCCAACAAAGACAACACUGUUCACAUUGUCGACCCUGACAGCACAGAAGUUUUCAAGCUGACCGGGAGCCCAAAUCUGAGAUACUCCAACUUUGAGGCCAACCCGAAAUGUGACUGGGUAGUCGCCAACCAGGAAGAUCAUGAGCACGAUACUCCAGAUGGAGUUCGCAAUUAUAUCGUGGCGAUCAACACUCAAACAACAGAUACGGUGAAGAGGAUACUCGAAACUGCUGAUUUCUACUACGAGCCUUCGUUCAGUCCCGAUGGAUCAAAACUUGCGUGGCUGGAGUGGAACCACCCUGAGUUGCCUUUUGACGCAGCAAGACUUUAUACCGCGACAUGGCAUGACCAAGGUUGUAUCUCUGACAUUCGUCUCAUCGCAGGCAAGGAUCGCGAAGGAGUUGCAGAGCCUAGAUGGGGUCCAGAUGGGUCCCUGUUCUUUGGCAAAGAAACUGGCAACUACCGUCGCUUGUUCCGUAUCCUCCCAGGCAGCGAUGAGCAACAUGAAGUGGAUGUGAAAGGCCUGGAUAAUGCUGAGUUUGGCGGGCUACGAUGGUUCCAAGGAUGUCACACCUAUGCACCUUUGUCUGAACGAUACCUUGUCGCCGCUCCGGCCAUUCUUGGGCAAACCAGAGUGAUUCUGAUUGACCUUGGAGUCUAA